AUGGCUGAAUCUCUUCGGAAAGAGGCCAUCCUGCAGGGGAUGGCGGACGCAAUCCCAACCCAUCCGCAGGGCGAUUCGAGCUCUGAUCUUAGCUCGUCUUAUGAGGUCUUGGCUCUGCUCAUCCAUUCGUACAUGACAGCCCUCAAGUUUCGGCUCUUGGGUUUCAACGAGGACAAGAAGAUAGAGGAUGAGUGCACCUCGCUAGCACCACGCCUCCCGCCGUCAUGGAACGACACCUUUGGCUCCCAUAGCUUCGUCUACGCGCACAAGCAGUCCGCCAUGACAUUCGUUGUCAAGGUCGAUAGGCUUGGGAACAAAGUCGAGAUCCGGGGUCUCGCGGUAGGCGACGACAAGAUCUACCGUUUCGAGAGGAACAUCCGGGACAUUGUGCGCUCGGCUGGGUUGCCUGUGCGGAUUCCUUUGGAUGAGGCGGGAGCAGAGGAUCGAAGCGGUUUGAGGGAUAAGUUGAGGCAACUCUUUGUCUCCGAUCAGGCAAUUGAUGAUGUUCUCAACGAGUUCAAAGUCAAGAUUGUUCAAAAAUUUAUCCCCAAACUCCAGGUAGAAGGCUACGAGGAGACGCCAGACCUAGGCGCCGGACCAUCAGAGCAACCCAGACCUCGACCAGGCGAGCUCGGCCCCCGCCCACCUCUCGAGGAACCCAGACCACCCCAACCAGGCCAUCCCUACCCCUUCUAUGACCCACUCGCAGCCCCUCCACCGCGCCGCCCGAUCCCAGGCGACUUUCCCCCUCCCGGCUUCGAAGACCCCCACGAGAUCAACACCCGACCCCGAGGCACCGUUCCCCCGGGCCCCGGGCCCUUCGACAUCGGCCACGACGAUCUCUACCCCGCCGGCCUCGGCCCCCACGAUCCCAUUCGCCCGUACUUCACCGGCGGCGAACCCGGUCUUCCCAGACCCGGAGGCAGACCCGGAGGGUUCGGCGGCAUGCAUCCCACCUUUGAUGACCCACUGUUCCAGGGCCCUGGAGGCGGGCAGGCCGGCGAGGACAGCUUCCAUGAUCCGCAACGUCCUCCUGGUGCGAGGUGGGAUCCUGUGGGACCCGGUGGCGGCCCUAGGCCGAGACAGGGAGGUGGACAACAUCCCUUUGGAGGAGGGCCAAGUGGUGGUGGUUUCGGCGGCGACAUAAUUUGA